GAGAUCAGACAAGGAACUUGGCUAAGAAGAAGCAAGUUAGAUAACUGGUGCACCUGGAUGGAAGAGGGCAAUAUACUGACUGUGAUCAGAGUGUACCUGACUUUAUAUACUUUCCUGAUUCAGCUGCAUUAUUCCUUCAAUUAAAAUCAGGGACUGUUGCAAGAAACGGAGGUCCUUUGUGAUGGGGCAUUUUGGAGUCCAGCAGAUACUAGAGUGGUCGCCAAAAAAGAUCUAUUGGACAUGCGCUUGCCAAUAGGAUCCGGGAGGAAAUUUGUAUCUGAGCACCUCGGCUUUGCAACAACAACUGUGAUUUGGUUUGCAGGGAUUGUAAUUGUUCCGCCUUAUACUUUGUUUUGAUUGACUCCUGCACUAGUUCUUCCUUCUGUCAAGUGUGACAAGACAAUCCUAUAGCCACAGAGUCCAAGUCAGGAAUAAUUGUAAUCCAUGCACUGUCUCCAUCAAGCGCCUCGCUAUUCAGUUGGGAUCUCCAUACUGAUAUAUACAAACUUUCCAGGCUAAGUUAUCCUCUUCAUUUCAAGAAAAACUACUGGAUUUUCCGUCUCUACUUUCUUCUCACUAAGAGUGGGUCUGCUAAUUGGAGAACAGACGACAAUUAUGCUGUUAAAUAGUAUUUAAAAGUAUAAUAUACAGUUACAAUAGAAAAUAAGCCUAAUUUAUGCAAGAUAUUUAUAUUUUGAUAUCAGUAUUUACCUAGGUGGAUGGAGAUAUUAUACUAUUCCCAUAAUUAAUUUUAUUAGUAGUGAGGAAACCUGGGAAACAACUUGAAAAGCAUCUUGUUCGGGAUAACUGAAGUCAGUGGAGAUGUCCAAGCCGGUGGACCACGUGAAGAGGCCGAUGAACGCAUUCAUGGUCUGGUCCAGAGCCCAGAGGAGAAAGAUGGCUCAAGAAAACCCUAAAAUGCACAACUCAGAGAUCAGCAAGAGAUUGGGGGCUGAGUGGAAGCUGCUGACAGAGUCAGAGAAGAGACCCUUCAUUGAUGAAGCCAAGAGACUAAGGGCUAUGCACAUGAAAGAACACCCGGACUACAAAUACAGGCCACGCCGGAAGCCAAAAACUCUCCUAAAGAAGGACAAGUUUGCCUUCCCAAUGCACUACAACCUGACUGGGGACCACGAGGGACUGAAGGCCGCCGGGUUGCAUGGGGCUGGUGUCCUCACUGACUCAUUACUGUCAAACCCGGAGAAGGCUGCUGCAGCAGCAGCAGCGGCCGCAGCGAGGGUAUUUUUCCAACCUUCAGCAGCGGCAGCAGCUGCCGCAGCCGCUGCAGCAAGUGCGUCCAAUCCUUAUUCUCUGUUUGACCUGAGCUCUAAAAUGGCAGAGAUCACAUCCUCAUCCUCAUCUCUUUCCUAUGCAUCAUCCCUCGGGUACCCCCAGGCAGGUGGUGGCUUCUCUGGGGUAGCUGCAGCAGCAGCAGCGGCAGCAGCUGCCAAUGGGACUCACACUCACUCCCACCCCUCUCCUGGGAACCCUGGGUAUAUGAUCCCCUGCAACUGCACAGGCUGGCCAAGCCCAGGACUUCAGCCCCCUUUAGCUUACAUUCUAUUCCCGGGCAUGGGGAAGCCCCAAAUGGACCCUUACCCUGCAGCAGCCUAUGCAGCCGCCUUAUGACAUCAUGGCUGCCCGUCUAAGGGCACCGGUGAUACAUCAUCAGCCAGGUGACACUGGCACUUGUUGGAAACCCUUGGCUGUGACUCUUCUGCAAAUUCAAUAACUGUCCAAGAGGAUAUUGGUUUGGGACAUUCCGAGGGGAUACUGAGAUCUGACACUGGACAUCACCUAUAUAU